AUGCAACAUGCUGCCACCAUCGCACUGGCAAUUGCCGCCAUGUUGCCAAUGGUACAGAGCUACACGAACCCCAUCACCGCAAAGGGAUACAAGAUGUUUGACGCCACAACGGGUGACGCCUUUGCCGUAAAGGGAAUCGACUACUACCCACGCCCCAACGCGGGAGAACUCAACGAAAACAAUGUUGACUUUUUUACGGAUAAAUUCGAGCAUAUCUGGGGCCCUGACAUUGAAUACCUUGCGGAAAGCGGUGCUAAUGUCGUUCGGAUUUACGCCGUAGACCCUUCCCAGUCCCACGAUCUCUUCAUGUGUGCAUUACGUGCCAAAGGCAUGUAUGCAUUAGUAGACCUUGGCGCUAGUUGUAAAAACUGCUCGAUCACUAAGGAAAAGUACCCAGCAUGCUACUCUAGCAUCCUGAAAAGUCGUGGUGAACAGAUCAUCUCGGAGUUUGCGCAAUACGACAAUGUCCUCGCUUUUAGUGUGGGUAAUGAAGUAAACAACAUUGUUGACAAUGCGUGGACCAACGCUCCUUGUCAGAAGAAAUUUCUUCGGGACAUGAGAGCCUUUCUUGGAAAAUGCUCGACCUUUCGUGAUAUCUUGGUAGGUGCGGUCUUGGCCGACCCAGACACGAAAACUAACAACCGUAAGUUGAAUUCCAUGUACUACAAUUGCAGAACCGACCCGAGUGACGAGUAUGAAAACGCUCAAUGGUAUGGACUUAAUACGUAUCAGUAUUGUGAUUCAACAAUUACGAAAGUGGAGUCUUCAGGUGGCUUUUUGAAACUCUUAAAGGACUUUUCGUCGUAUGAUCUGACUAUCCCUGUGUUGCUCACGGAAUUUGGCUGUGUGAAUCCGAGCUUCCCGACUGUCGACGGAUACGAAGCCCAACGUACGUGGCUCCAGGCUGGAUGGCUUUUCGACUCGACGUUCCGUGACGUGUUUGCAGGUGGAUUUGCCUUUGAGUACUCAACGGAGAAAGUGAAUGCGGAAGAUAAAUCGCCCUAUCCGUUUAAGAAGUAUGGUCCUCAAAAUUACGGAACGGGUUACUUUUCUCCGAAAGACUGUGAUCAUGAUACCAUUCCGUGCGUCUUUAACCCGAUGCCCAACUUUUACAAUUUGGCAAAACAGUUCAACUCAACUGAUUUGUCAGGUGAAACGAAAAUGGACGAUUUUACCCCGAAGCGAACCAAACUGCCUUCGUGUCCUGACAAAUUUCCUGCGCUCGCCGAUGUCACGUGGGAGGCGGAUAGUGUCGCUAGUUUGACUUGUCCAUCCACUGUUCAGCAGUUCAAAUGUCCUGCCCAAACGGCCAGUGCUUUUGUGAAAGGCACAGAUGAGUCAGGAGGUACUACAUCGGGAACGGGGAAUGCUGACAAUGGUAGCACCAAUCUGGCCUCGUCGAUUAUGACUCGGUCUAUUUUGCUAGCUGGCAUCGUUGCUGCAUUUGCUACUUUUUUCGGCUAA